AUGUUUUCUUCAUCAUACAUAACAGGAGAUUUUUUUGAAUAAAAUGGAUUUUAUUAGAAUGGAAGAAAAGCAGGUAUUUGGAAUGAAGUUGUGUAUAAAUACUUUUUUGAGUAAAUUAUUUUAUGGAUUAACAUAGUGAAAUCUAAUUGGUCAAAACUGGGGUUUAUUAAUAAGAUAAGAAAGUAGGUAGAUGGAAAUAUCAAUAUGAAAAUGUUAAGAUGUAAGAUGUUUUUAAUUUUCAGUAAUGGAGGAUAUUAUGAUAGUAAGGAUGAAAGGUAAAAUAUGAAGAUUGGUAAAUGGGUUGAUGUUGAUGAUGAAUUCUAAAAAAAAAAAUAAGUGAUCUAUAAUGGUGAAUAUAAAUUUGGUAAAAAAGUUGGUGUUUGGGAUAUUUUGUUUAGAAUUGGAUAAAAUUAUUCUCUAUUUUUCAAAAAUGAAUAAGAUGAUCGUUUCAAAUUAAUGUAAAAUAUUUUAUUAAUAGUGCAUUUAUAUCAUAUUAUUAGAGGCGGAGGAUUAUAUAAUGAAGACAAUGGUCUUAAGAAUGGGAGAUGGAUUGAUUUAUAUGAGAGAUUUUCGUUUUAUUCUUAAGUAACAUAUAUUGGUUAAUAUAAAAAUGGUAAAAAAGUUGGUAGAUGGGAUACAUGGUUUAUAUUGAUUCGAAUAAAUGGAAGUGCUUAAGAAAACAAAUUAAUGUAAAAAUAUUUUAUAAAUGCAAUUUUUUGUGUGAAUGUCAGUGGGGGUGGACUCUAUGAUGAAGGAGGUGAGGGCAUUAAGAUUGGGUAGUGGAUUGAGUUGGAUGAGAGAUUUUCGUCUUCCUCUUAAUUAACUCAUGUAGGUUAAUAUGAAAAUGGCAAAAAAAUUGGUAGGUGGCAAAUUUGGUAUUAGAAUCAUAGUACAGGAAUAAAUAGUUUAAUGUAAAUAAAUUAAAUAAAACUACUAAUACUUUAGCGGUGGUGGAAAAUAUAAAAAAGGAAACGAAUGCAUAAAAAUUGGAAAGUGGAUAGAGCCAGAUGAAUUUUUUAAAUGGGAUUCGUAAAUCAUUCAUUGUGGGAAAUAUCGCAAUGGUUUAAAAGUGGGUAGAUGGGAUAUUUUUUAUAAUUAUUGGGAUCAAAAUUAAUUUGUUAAAAUGUAUAUCUAAUUAAUAUCAAAAUUUUAGUGGAGGUGGAUUAUAUGAUGAAAAUGGCCAUGGUUUAAAAUUUGGCUAAUGGACUGAAUUAUGCAAACAUUUUUUUGGGAACUGUAACUUGUAAAAUUACAGAAUAUUCAAAGGAGUUUACAUGUAUAAUAAAAAGAUUGGUGUAUGGGUGGAAAUGGUACGUGAGAAAGAGAAAAUGUAAGAAGGAUUUAAAAUAGUAAAAGAAUAGCAAUAUGAUGAUUGA